GCUUUUGCUUGUGUCAUUUCUAUGUAUACGUGAAUUUAGCUUAGUAAGCUAGAUUGCUUCAUGUCCGGUACUGACAACACCAUGCUGAUAUUUUAUCGAAUAGUGUGAGGGUACCUCGACCACCUGAAAAGAUGAUAGACGUUGACAAACGCGAUGUCCUGCAGGUUACUUGGCCGAAAUGGAAGAAUAACUAUCUUCCAAAACAAAAAGACCCACCCACGGAAGUUCAAGAAAAUCCUUUAGAAAAGAAAACCAUGAAUUCCUUCAUCUUCCGACGUCUGACUGUUGUGCUGGAGUUCAACUCCAUGAUGCCAUUCAAGGAAAAAGCCAGGUGGCGAAAGAAGAUUACAGAAAAUGGCGGAACUGUGUCUUAUAUCAUAACAAAGAAGGUAUCCUGUUUGGUUUUGUUUAACGAUAUGUUGGAGAAGACUACAUACAAGGUUCGACAGGCAAGACGCUUUGGAGUGCCUGUGUUGAGGGCAGAAUUUAUUGAUGACAGUCUGCGGCAAAGCCAGAGGCUCUCCAUGACUCCAUACCUGGCUGGAGAGGCUAUGGAUGGCAAGAACUUUCAGAAAGGAAAAAUAUUGAGCACUGACAAGCAGCAGGGAUUGGUAAGGAAGAAGAGGCGGAAAAUCCAUCUAAACUUGAACAUUGCAGAGUGCUGGCCUCUCGGAGACCCAGAUAGCCCCGAGUUUAAUGAGGAAGAAUAUGCUGUAGCCAAAUGGGCUGUGUUAAAAUCAAAAGAGUCUGUCCAGAUCCUGGAGAUACAUGCCAGCCAAUCUGAUGUUGACCUUCCUUUCAGACUGUACUCCCAGGCCGGGUCAUUGGCACAGAAAAAGACAAGUGACAACAAGGACGCUCCUGUAGCCUGGUAUGUGCACACUUCUGAUGAAGCUCUCAGUGGAUAUGAACAGUUGUACCGCCGAUACACCUCACAUCCCUAUAACAUGUCCAUAUGGGAUAACCCUGUGCUAACUGACAAUGCCAUGGGUUCUACCAAACUCCGAAUGUUGUUGGGAGAGUUGUGUACCCUGACAACAGAGAUCGGUCCAGAUGUUGGUCGGUUGGUGGAACUGGUCUGGGCAGAGGCCAGUCAUGAAGCUGAGACGCAACUAGACAUGAAACUUCAGCACAUCAAACAGGAAAAGAUUGAGGAGGCAGAGGCAAUACUUCUACAACUGAAGGCAGCAGUGAUGAAAGGAGCAGACGCCACCACAAUAAAAAGUUUACUGAAGGAGUUCUACUCUGCCAUGCCUUAUAAACGCAGCUUCAGAAAGGAUACCAUGUCACUGAAAGAUAUCUCCACCAAACAGGACCAGUGUCAGCUUGUAAAUGACAUCCUAGGUGUUAGUGAGGCUACAGACUGGUCCAAUGAGGCGACUACCUAUGCUAAAUAUAGAGCUCUUCGUUGUCAUCUGACCUGUCUCGACCAAUCAUCAGCAGAGUUUAAACAUGUAUCCGACAUGGUGACAAGUACAUCAGAGAGUGUUAAGGUGAGGAACAUCUACAGUGUCGGUCGUACACUAGAGGAAUUAGAAUUCCAGACAGACGUUGGAAAUGUUAAGAGAUUGAUGCAUGCAUCAUCCACACAUAACUUUCUAGGGAUAAUGUCCAGGGGGUUGUUGCUACCUAACCUUGUGGAAAGUGUCCACGGGAUCAGCAGAACAGACAGAGGCAUGUUAGGAUGUGGAAUAUAUUUCUCCGAUUCUGCAAGCACUUGCAUAAAGUACUCGGUUCCAAGUACUGUCUAUGGCUGUCGCCUGCUGCUGGUGUGCGAUGUGGCAUUGGGACGUCAAUGUCCCUACACUAGCACAGACUACACUCUCACAGCCCCUCCCACUGGCUACCAUAGCACCCAUGGGGUCAAAAGGUCAGCUGAGGUUAACAGUCAUUUUGAG